UGUGAUUGGCUAGUUCACGUCUUAGCCAUAUACCAAUGAGAUCCAUUCAUGGUGUUUGUCCAAUGAAGACAACCAAUCAGCACCGUGAGCCUGUAGUCUUUGAAAAUUAGCAUGAACAGAGAAUAAAUACUUCUUCCCCAGAAUAGAUCGGUACACACUCUGUCGUUUUGUCUUGAGUGAUCAUGCCUGAGCUAGCGAAGUCCGCACCUAAGAAGGGGUCCAAGAAGGCCGUUACUAAAACCGCUGUAAAGGGCGGUAAGAAGCGCAAGAGGUCCAGGAAGGAGAGCUAUGCUAUCUACGUCUACAAGGUCCUGAAGCAGGUUCAUCCUGACACCGGGAUUUCCUCUAAAGCCAUGGGCAUCAUGAACUCUUUCGUCAAUGAUAUUUUCGAGCGUAUCGCCGGUGAGUCCUCUCGUCUCGCUCACUACAACAAGCGCUCCACCAUCACAUCGAGAGAGAUCCAGACCGCCGUGCGUCUGCUGCUGCCCGGUGAACUCGCCAAACACGCCGUGUCUGAGGGGACAAAGGCCGUCACAAAGUACACCAGCUCCAAAUAAAUCUGUCGAAACUUUCAACAACCCAAAGGCUCUUUUAAGAGCCACCCACUUUAUCAGAUAAAUGAGCAUCCAGUUUAAUUGUUAGUAAUUGAUUAGAAGUUAAGCUAAAAGCGUUUUUGUUUUAUAUAUGAUUUUAUGAAUUAUGAUUGAAGUCGUGUAAUUUUAACAAGUUUCCUUUAAUGUGCUUCAAACAUUAAGAUGGGUCUUCCAUGAAAUUGAAUUCUGUCAGAGCCACAUUUGGGAGUACUAAAGCAAGAUUUGUUUUCAAUUGGUAAUCCAUAAAAACACUUUUUUUCUUCAAUUAGAUAAUGAGUAAAUUGGUAUUAAAUUUGUUAUGAUAUAUUUAUGUAAGGGACUGACUGAAAUAAUUUGAGAGAUUAAUGAUAUCCGUGUUUUGCGGUUAAUGCUUGAUUUAGUAUUUUCAGUGUAUCGCUGUUCUUUUUCCCCCCAUAAAUAUUGUCAGAGACAUUGCCACAACAAAUUUACAACUGUAACCAAAGCAAAAAUAUUAGAGAGUGAUACUUUGUAUUUCAUGUGAAGCUGCUCUGGUACGAUUAA